AUGUCCUACAACGAUCAGGCUAAAUACUACGAUCAGCAGGGCCAGGCGGAGCAGGGCUACGACGCCCAGCAAGGAUAUGCUGCUGACCCAUACCAGAACUACGGCCAGCAGGCUCAGUUCGAUGAGUACGGCCAGCCUAUCUACACUGAAGGGCAGUACGACCACGAAGAUGCCGCCCACUACGACCCCAACGCUGCCGACUACUACGCUCAGCAGGGCUACGAACCCGACCAAGCCGACUACGGCAACGGCAACGCAUACUACGAGCAGCCACGUGGCAUGGGCCAAGACCCCGAGAACUUCUCGGACUUCAGCUACGGUCCUCCAGGGACCCCAGGCUACGACGGCUACGGCAACGCUAAUGCCGGCCAGUACACGCCUUCCCAGAUGAGUUAUGGGGAGCCCCGUUCUUCCGGCGCUUCCACUCCCAUCUACGGUGGCGAAGGCUUUGACUCGUCGGCGAUUGCCAUGGCUUUGCCCAACGAGCCAUACCCCGCAUGGACCGCAGACAACCAGUCUCCUGCUACUAUUGAGCAGAUCGAGGAUGUGUUCAUUGACCUUGCCAACAGAUUUGGUUUCCAGAGAGACUCUAUGAGAAACAUGUUCGAUCACUUCAUGACCUUGUUGGACUCCAGAGCCUCCAGAAUGUCGCCACAACAAGCGUUGCUCUCGUUGCACGCUGACUACAUUGGAGGCGACACUGCCAACUACAAAAAAUGGUAUUUCGCCGCUCAGCUGGAUAUGGACGACGAGGUGGGUUUCCGUAACAUGAGCUUAGGCAAGCUCUCAAGAAAAGCCAGAAAGGCCAAGAAGAAGAACAAGAAGGCCAUGAAGGAGGCAGACGCCGAAGACACCGACGCCAUGUUGAGCAAGCUGGAGGGUGACAACUCAUUAGAGGCUGCUGACUUUAGAUGGAAGGCCAAGAUGAACAAAUUGUCUCCUUUGGAAAUGGUUCGUCAAGUCGCUUUGUACUUGCUAAUUUGGGGUGAGGCUAACCAAGUCAGGUUUACUUCUGAGUGUCUGUGUUUCAUUUACAAGUGUGCUUCUGAUUAUCUGGACUCUCCGCUGUGCCAGCAGCGCACUGAGCCUAUUCCUGAAGGCGACUACCUAAACAGAGUGAUCACUCCAUUAUAUCUUUUCUUGAGAUCUCAAGUGUAUGAGGUCGUGGACGGCCGCUUCAUGAAGCGUGAAAGAGAUCACAAUAAGGUUAUCGGUUACGAUGAUGUAAACCAGUUGUUUUGGUACCCAGAGGGUAUUGCUAAAAUUGUCUUCGAGGACGGAUCAAGGCUAAUUGACCUGCCUGCAGAGGAACGCUAUCUCAGGUUAGGAGAGGUGUCUUGGAAUGAUGUCUUUUUCAAAACAUAUAAGGAGAUUCGUUCAUGGUUCCACUUGGUUACCAACUUCAACCGUAUCUGGGUUAUUCACGGGUGCGUCUACUGGAUGUACAUGGCAUAUGUCUCGCCCACGAUAUACACUAAGAACUACCAGCAGCUUGUUGACAACAAGCCGACUCCUGCUUAUAGAUGGGCCACUGCGGCUUUGGGUGGUACCCUAGCGUGUGUUAUUCAGAUUGUUGCUACGAUUGCUGAGUGGUUUUUUGUUCCAAGAAAUUGGGCUGGUGCUCAACAUUUAUCUCGUCGUUUUAUGUUUUUGGUCUUACUUCUGGCGAUCAACUUAGCUCCUGUCAUUUUCGUGUUCGCGUACACCGGAAGAGACAUUUACUCGAAAGCUGCCAAUGCUGUGGCUGGUGUCAUGUUCUUUUUCUCCCUGGGAACGGUUGUUUUCUUUGCCGUAAUGCCUUUAGGUGGGCUGUUUACGUCUUACAUGAAGAAGUCCACUAGAAAAUACGUGGCUUCGCAGACCUUCACAGCAUCUUUUGCUCCUCUCAAGGGUAUUGACAUGUGGAUGUCUUACUUACUUUGGUUUACCGUUUUUGCUGCGAAGUACUCCGAGUCUUACUUCUUUUUGAUCAAGUCGCUUAUUGACCCUGUCAGGAUUUUGACAACCACUACUAUGAGAUGCACUGGUGAUUUCUGGUUUAAAAACAAGUUGUGCAUGCACCAACCAAAAAUUGUGCUGGGCUUGAUGAUCGCAACAGAUUUCAUUUUGUUUUUCCUAGAUACAUUCAUGUGGUACGUUAUUUGCAACAUGAUCUACUCUGUCGGGAGAUCAUUUUACCUCGGUAUAUCUAUCCUGACUCCUUGGAGAAACAUUUUCACGAGACUGCCUAAGAGAAUCUACUCCAAGAUUUUGGCUACCACCGACAUGGAGAUUAAAUACAAGCCAAAGGUUUUGAUUUCUCAGGUUUGGAAUGCUAUUGUUAUAUCAAUGUACAGAGAGCACUUGCUAGCCAUAGACCACGUUCAGAAGCUAUUGUACCACCAAGUGCCUUCCGAAAUUGAGGGCAAGAGAACUUUGCGUGCUCCAACUUUCUUCGUCUCUCAGGAUGAUAACAAUUUUGAAACGGAGUUUUUCCCCAGGGAUUCUGAAGCUGAACGUCGUAUUUCCUUUUUUGCACAAUCGCUUGCCACGCCUAUUCCAGAGCCUUUGCCUGUUGACAACAUGCCAACUUUCACUGUUUUGACCCCUCAUUACUCUGAAAGAGUUCUUUUGUCUUUGAGAGAGAUUAUCCGUGAGGACGAUCAAUUCUCAAGAGUUACUCUCUUGGAAUAUCUGAAACAAUUGCAUCCUGUCGAAUGGGACUGCUUUGUGAAGGACACCAAGAUUUUGUCGGAAGAAACGGCUGCUUAUGAAGGCGCUGAAGAAGACUCUGAAAAGGAAGGUGGCUUGAAAUCCCAAAUUGACGAUCUACCAUUUUACUGCAUCGGGUUUAAGUCUGCCGCUCCAGAAUACACUCUCCGUACAAGAAUUUGGGCCUCUUUGAGAUCCCAGACACUAUACCGUACCGUUUCUGGUUUCAUGAAUUAUGCCAGAGCAAUCAAGCUUCUAUAUCGUGUUGAAAACCCAGAAAUUGUCCAGAUGUUUGGUGGCAAUGCUGAGGGCUUGGAGAGGGAGCUGGAGAAGAUGGCCAGAAGAAAAUUCAAGUUUUUGGUUUCCAUGCAGAGACUUGCCAAGUUCAAGGCUCAUGAACUGGAAAACGCCGAAUUUUUGUUGAGAGCUUAUCCAGAUCUUCAGAUUGCUUACUUGGAUGAAGAGCCCCCAUUGAAUGAAGGUGAGGAACCAAGAAUCUUUUCCGCACUUAUUGACGGCCACUGUGAACUACUGCCAAACGGCCGCAGACGCCCUAAGUUCAGAGUUCAACUUUCUGGUAACCCUAUCCUUGGUGAUGGUAAAUCUGACAACCAAAAUCAUGCCAUGAUCUUUUACAGAGGUGAAUACUUGCAACUUAUCGAUGCCAACCAAGACAACUACUUGGAAGAGUGUCUGAAGAUCAGAUCCGUUUUGGCUGAGUUUGAAGAAUUGAAUGUCGAGCAAAUCAAUCCAUAUGCUCCAGGACUGAAAUACGAAGAACAAACGACCAACCACCCUGUUGCUAUCGUAGGCGCAAGGGAGUAUAUCUUCUCAGAGAACUCUGGUGUAUUGGGUGACGUUGCUGCCGGUAAGGAGCAGACAUUCGGUACUUUGUUUGCACGUACCUUGGCACAGAUUGGUGGUAAGUUGCAUUAUGGUCAUCCUGAUUUCAUCAAUGCCACUUACAUGACGACAAGAGGUGGUGUUUCUAAGGCCCAAAAGGGUCUGCAUUUGAACGAAGAUAUUUACGCUGGUAUGAAUGCUGUUUUGCGUGGUGGUCGUAUCAAGCACUGUGAAUAUUAUCAAUGUGGUAAGGGUAGAGAUCUUGGUUUUGGUACAAUUCUGAAUUUCACAACAAAAAUUGGUGCUGGUAUGGGUGAGCAGAUGUUAUCUCGUGAAUAUUAUUAUUUGAGUACUCAACUCCCUCUCGACCGUUUCUUGUCCUUCUACUACGCGCACCCUGGUUUCCACUUGAAUAACUUGUUCAUUCAGCUGUCCGUGCAACUAUUUAUGCUGACGUUGAUGAACUUGAAUGCUUUGGCACACGAGUCCAUUAUGUGCAUCUACAACAGAAACAAGCCUAUUACUGACGUGUUGUACCCACUUGGAUGUUACAACUUUUCACCUGUUGUCGACUGGGUAAGACGUUACACGCUCUCCAUCUUCAUUGUUUUUUUCAUCUCUUUUAUUCCUAUUGUGGUUCAAGAGCUGAUCGAAAGAGGAAUUUGGAAGGCCACUCAAAGAUUUUUCAGACAUAUAAUCUCGUUAUCUCCAAUGUUCGAAGUGUUUGCCGGUCAAAUUUACUCGUCUUCGCUUUUGAGUGAUUUAACAGUUGGUGGCGCCCGCUAUAUCUCUACAGGACGUGGUUUUGCGACUUCCCGUAUUCCAUUUUCUAUUCUUUACUCGAGAUUUGCGGGCUCUGCUAUUUACAUGGGCGCUAGAUGUAUGUUGAUGCUAUUGAUGGGUUCUGUGGCUCAUUGGCAGGCACCCUUGCUCUGGUUCUGGGCGUCUUUGACCGCGUUGAUGUUCUCACCUUUCAUCUUCAACCCUCAUCAGUUUUCUUGGCAAGACUUUUUCUUGGACUACCGUGAUUUCAUCAGAUGGCUGUCGAGAGGUAACAACAAAUACCAUAGGAACUCGUGGAUUGGCUAUGUCAGAAUGUCAAGGUCUAGAGUGACCGGUUUUAAGCGCAAGUUGGUCGGCGACGAGUCUGAGAAAGGUGCAGGCGACGCUGCCAAGGCCCACAAGAGUAACAUGAUUCUCGCUGACAUUAUUCCAUGUGCUAUUUACGCUGCUGGUUGUUUCGUUGCCUUUACAUUUAUCAAUGCUCAAACUGGUGUGAAGGAUGCAGACUUAGUGAAUUCGACGUUGCGUAUCAUUAUCUGCACUCUUGCUCCAAUUGCCGUCGACAUGGGUGUUCUGUUUUUCUGUGUUGGAAUGUCGUGCUGCUCCGGUCCCUUGUUCGGCAUGUGUUGCAAGCGAACUGGUUCUGUUAUGGCCGGAAUUGCGCAUACAGUUGCUGUUGUCGUCCACGUCGUGUUUUUUAUUAUCAUGUGGUUGCUCGAAAGUUUUAACUUUGCAAGAACACUUGCAGGUGUAGCAACUUGCUUGUACUGCCAGAGAUUAAUAUUUAAGGUCAUGACUGUAUUCAUGUUGACACGUGAGUUCAAGAACGACCAUGCAAACACUGCUUUCUGGACUGGUAAAUGGUACGGCGGUGGCCUGGGUUACAUGGCAUGGACACAACCUACAAGAGAGUUUGUUGCUAAAGUCGUUGAGCUCUCUCAUUUCGCGGGUGACUUUGUCUUGGGACAUUUCAUUUUGUUUUGCCAACUGCCAGUUCUGUGUAUUCCAAUGAUUGACAAGUUCCACUCCAUUAUGCUUUUCUGGUUGAAGCCAUCGCGUCAAAUCCGUCCUCCUAUCUACUCGCUGAAACAAACGCGCUUGAGGAAGCGGAUGGUUAGAAAGUACUGUGCUUUGUACUUCAUUGUCUUGGCUGCCGCCGUUGCCUGCAUUAUUGGUCCAGCUGUGGCGUCUGGCCAAACGAAACGCACACCCUUUGCGGACCAAACUGAGAAGAUUGACCCAGUUAACAUGAAGUGGUUGGUUAACAUCGUUCAACCAAGACACCAAGACAAUAAUGACACUGGUACUAGCUUGGAAGGUGUGAGUGGUCAUUAUUAUAGUCACACUCCUUCAAUGCACUCUUUCUCUACCAAGAAAUAG